UGUAAACCACACACUUGUACGCGCACGGACGACGAUAAAGCGUCACAAUGAUUGUGAAGAUAAUUAACAGCGGUCAGAGUUAAUAUUGCCCUAUGAAAACCUCACAUGAAGUUAAAUGAACGUGCUUUGGAUUGAUAUAUGUGAAUGCUUCACAUUCUGGAAUUUUAACAAAAAAAGGCAACAUUACUGAUUCGAAAACUAGAUGAGGUGUACUUGAAAUAACUAUCAAGCUUGCAUUGCUGAUAUGAAGCAGCUGUGGGGGCGAACCAAUAUGUAUUAUAAAAGUGAGUCAACUUUGGCUGUGUUACGCUGAUUUAUAUACAAAAUGUGAUACGGUACACGUUUCAGUUGUGCCGAAAUUCCUCGUUAUACCAUAGACAGUAAACAUCAUCUAUUUCAACUAUUUGUUGUAGUAGCCAGCAGGCGUCUUCAUUGUUCCAUGUUGUAAACCUUCAUCCGCGAAUCCAUUCCAGUUGUGUGUUUCAUGUUUUACUUACUAUGUCUGCCUGGAAGCGUCGUGUGAUGGACUAGUAAUCAAGUAACUCUGAAAUUAAUCAUCAUCGAGCAGUUAUUAAUGUUUAAAGGAAAACAAAAUAUUUGUGUUUUUACUGAAGUUUUUCCAUAUCUAUUUGACAUUGUGAUAAGUGUAUCUUGAAGUCUACAACAAAAGAAUUAACGCUUACAUGGAUGUACUGUUGCUUUGCAUGGUGACGGUAAUCAAAACUUGUGGAAGAACGGUGCGUCAUACACGGAAUUUAAGGAGUCGCACAGGAAGUGAUACGUUAUUAACAGGUCUUAGAUAACACGAAAUUGAUUCUACAAUUAGAUUGUGAUUUUGUGAAAUGGCUCAAACAUUACAAAAAGGGAUAUUUAACUAGUUUAUACAUAUAUAUAUAUCUAUUUGUGAUUUGUUAAGUGUCAUCAUCGGCAUAAAUGAACAACAGAACUUACAAAACUUAAACAUUCUGUAAUAUUGCAACAAACUAAAGAUAAUAUACCUCAUUUGUUUCAUGUACAACAAUGGAAUCUAACGUUACAAUGUUAACAGUUGUAGCCUGUCACAAAUGGCUUCUUGAUUUCAGCUUCGACAAUAACACGAAUCUCGAAGAUGUCAACGACGCUUUUAUGACUAGGAACAUCGGGGGAAUCGUUCUUAUUGGUAUUCUGACCACGUUCGGAAUACUUGGAAAUUCCCUUGUUUUGUGGAUCUAUUUGAUGAGAUUUCGGCAAUCUAAUUACAGAACAUAUAUUAUCUGGUUAUCUUCACUGGAUAUGGUCAACUGCAUAGGGGUGAUGCCUUUCUAUUUCAUAUAUCUAUGCUUCCCUUUGAUAAUGGAAUCAAAAUACGCAUGCAAGAUAGGACGAUCCGGAAGUUACGUCAUAACACUGUCGUCUGCAUUGUUGUUAAUAGUGAUUGCUGGGGACAGAUACCGUAAGAUUUGCACCCCGAACAAGAAGCAACUUUCUGGUAAGCAGGCAACGAAAUGCUGUUUUAUCGGGUUAAUAAUGUCCGUACUAUUAUCUUGGCCGACAUUUGUGAUGUUUGGUAAGAAUGCUGUCGAGGUUGGACUAAACGACCUUCGAGGAUACAGGUGUUUAGUUGCAGAUGAAUAUGCUGAUUCUACUUAUAUGAAAGUGUUUCAGGUCAUCAUGUCCACUAUCGCUCUGACCGUUACAAUAACCCUGACGCUGAUGUACAGUUUAAUCGUAAAAGGUUUGUACAGACAUAGGAAAUAUUUCAUUAAUGCUCAGGGAUCGAUUAAAUCUAGAGAAGCAUGUCCUAUUCCCGCGGAAAUGUUGGAUCGUUCUACUCGAAAAUCUACUAUGACACUUUUGGCAGUGACGUUAUGCUUUAUCCUCAGUUUUCUUCCACAUCAUGUGCUUGCCAUUGCAUUUUUCAUGAACAAGACGUUCGAGUGCUCUCUUGGGUUUUCAGGUGGAGCCGCGUACUACACAUUUGUAUGGAUGGUUUUCUUUAACACAGCUGCGGAUCCGGUUAUUUAUGGGUUUUCUGAUAAAAGAUUCCGAUAUGAACUCAAGCGUAUGUGCAAGGGUAUACGACGGGGUCAGUGGUCAUUCAAAGCGCGAAGGUCUGAACGGUCGAUGAGGUCUCAGAGGUCUCCGAAAUCUCCGCAUUCUGCGAAAUCAAUUUUAGGCAAGCGUGUACAUUUCUCAUUUGAAUGAUGAUAUUUUAACAUUGUACCACCUUUUAACGUAGUCUUUGCGUAGCAUUUGGAUAAAAUAAUUUCUUUAGGUUAUUAAAAUAUUUGUAACAUGAUCAUUUAUAUAGUUUGGUCUAUACCUUUAUAUUUUGGAUAUCAUUGAAAAAAAAUAUUACCGGGGGGGUGUAUUAAAGAAAAGUAGCCAUUGUGGAAAAACGCUUAUCAUACAUAACCUUUGUAUUUUGAACACAGCAAAAUAAGUCCAGGAAAACCAUUGAUUCAACUACAUUUUAAUAUCAAAUAUAGAAUAUUGUUCAAUUUUAUGUAAUAACAACUGAUAUAUUUUAUUUCCAAUCACGUUCAAGAUGUAUUUUUACCAAGUUUAUAAUACAUAGAAGAACCGUUUUAGAGCAUUUGAAACAAUAUAUAUGUAGCGGAAGCAAAAGUCAGAAUAAUCAUUUAGUACAAUUUACCAAAUGAAAGGACGUUGUAAAAAGUAUGUUGGAACAUUCCCUUCCCGUAAUGUUAAUCCUUUUCACAAAUUUGCUCGUAUUAUUGUUUUACAGUUCUUUGUAUUCAGAAGAUAUCACAUAUUUUGGUGAGAGUAUGUAUUUUUAGAAUUGUACACAUUCAUCGAGACCACAUUUGACUAAUAUAUUACCGCUAGCUGGAGUUCUAACAAUACUGUAGCACAUAACAAUUAACAUAUUGGCAUUGUGUUGUUGGUCGGUAUAGUUGUUUGGCAUCAAUAUUCUUAUCCUGAAUUGUAUUGAUACAUGCUUCCAUACUGUUGUGUAAAUUAUGUAUAUAACUAUGACAACAGACUGUUUUCAUUGUAAUACCUCAAAAUAAAACACAACAUGUGUGAUAGUAUAAACAUUCCAAGAAAUGAAAUGAUAGGUUCUAUAUAACUAAGAUAAUUAUUUGAUAAUCACAAAAUAUCCUCCAUUAUAUGACGUUGUACGGAGUAGAUAUCUAGUGUUUGUUUUUUGCUUUAUCUAGAACUUGAUCUAUAACUUUUAAAAUAAACCUUCCUUGAAAUGUA